AUGCUCCAAUUCGUCGUGUUUUUCUUAUUUUCUGUGAUCUAUGCAAAGAAUUAUGCAAUCAUCUAUGCAAGUAUCGAGCCAAUACGCGACACGGACUUACCUUCUACCCCUUGCCGUAUUAUCACUUACUUGACUGCAACAGGUUAUGAUAUUGAUAAUAUCGUGUACAUGGUUGAUACUACAGACUAUACGAUGGAUUGGAAUUCGUGCUACAAGAAUUGUUUUUUUUGCGGGGACAUUCAUUUUGCGGGAAAAUAUGUCAAUCCACGAUUUUUAAUGAACUAUAUGAAGGGUGAUUAUAACUAUGUUAAAAAGCAGUCUAGACUCAACUCAUUCAAGCAACUCAAUCUUACUAGCAGUGAUGUUCUUACUGUCUUCUUCAUGGAUACACAUGGUCGAGGAAGUCAAUUCUAUCCCUCUCGUACAUUAACUUCCUCCUAUGUUAAAGACACCCUGAAGUAUAUGAGCAACCAAAAGAUGUUCAAGCGUCUGAUCAUUUUUGCUGAGGCGGCGUAUGCGGAUGCUGCUUUUUCCUAUGCUCGGAGCAUGCGGAAUGUGUUAGUGAUGACCAUCAAAGACCGCCAAAUGAGUGGUUAUUUCGCGCAUGUGUACGAAUACGCAGCUGUCUCCAAAUACGUGAAGAACGUCUGGGACAACACCUGGAUCUCUCUUCUCCCUCUCGCCUGCGAUCGUUCGGCGAGAUAUUUGAUGAACAUGGCCGUGGCCGCUUCUCUCCAGCAGGUCGACCAGCUGGCUAAUCCUGUAGUGUUCGGCGAUCCGUUGCUCGUGGAUAAGAAGCUUUCUUCGUUGAUGGGGCUUGGUGGGAGCGAGGAAUGCAAGAAGGAGUUUGGAUCAGAAUAUGGGGAAGUGCCUUUGAAGGACGUGCAGGGAGUUGUGAGUGCAGUGAUGGCAAGCAACUUCAAUCAGACGAUUCCGCUGCAGUACUAUCGCAUGCAGUUCAAGUCCUAUAUGGAGGAGGUGUCGGCGAAGUUGAAGAAGCUGUUUAUGUCGGAAUUGGAGGAGAAGAAGGGAUUCCAAAUGGAUCAGGAUAGCUGCGUCAGUCAGCUUAUGAUAGAUUUUAUAGAUUCAUGCAGUUUCUAUUUCCCGCUGAAUAAUGAUUUUGUGUCUUAUUUCUGGACGUUGUGUCACAAUCGAAAAGGGAAUGGUAUUUAUGUUAUCGACUUUAAAGAGAUCUGCAGUGCGAAAUAA